AUGUUUACAGGUAUCGUUGAACUAAUCGGCACUGUUGCCGAGUACAAAGAGUAUGAUACAACCCAUAGUGGCGGCGGAGGUGUGUCUGUCACUGUAAAAGAUGCUUCCCCCAUUCUAGGAGACUGCCACAUAGGGGACUCGAUCGCAGUGAAUGGGAUUUGCUUAACAGUCACAGAGUACUCAUCCGACAGUUUCAAAGUUGGUAUCUCGCCAGAAACCCUGCGGAGAACCAACGUUGCAUCGUGGCAACCCGGCUCGAAAGUUAACUUGGAAAGAGCCGUUGGUCAGGACGUCAGGUUUGGUGGGCACUACGUCCAGGGACACAUCGAUGGGACUGCGAAAGUAGUUUCCCGCGUCGCAGAAGGCAACUCCAUUGUCUUUGGUUUCAAACUUCACGAGAAGGAGUUUGAGAAGUACAUAGUGGAAAAGGGAUUUAUUUGCAUCGACGGAACCUCGCUGACUAUCACAAAGGUGGAGCCCGAUGGAACCUUCUACAUCGCCAUGAUCAAACACACGCAAGAAAAGGUUGUUAUGCCGCUGAAAACUGUUGGAGACGAGGUCAACAUUGAAGUCGACUUAACUGGAAAAGUCAUCGAAAAACAAGUUGUCUUGCAACUCCAGGAGCAGAUCAGCAAUGAGCACUCGCCCUUAGCAAUCCUAGUGGACAAACUGGUCGAGGCCAAGGUUAAAAAGUUUUUAAGUAAGUAA